AUGUCCCUCUUCUCCUUAGCAUUCGCUUCCAUCCUCGCAGUCGCUUUGCUUCGCUGGUGGUUAAAACGCAUUUCUGUUAAACAUGUCGAGGGACCACCGUCUGCCUCUUUCUGGCUAGGCCAUGAGCUUGUCCUUCGCAGUCAAGAUGAAUUUGGCGAUCUCGAAACGAAAUGGCGCAGUGAGUAUGGCACCAUCUACCGCAUUAGAGGUUGUUUUGGUCAAGACCUUCUGGUAGUAUCCGACCCCAAGGCCUUCGAACACAUUUUCCAUACCUCACGUCCUUAUCCCAAGACUUCGGACACAAACUUUAUCUUUGGUCUCAUCCUUGGAGGGACCGAAGGGCUCAUUGUAGUCGAAAAGGAUGUCCAUCGUCGACAACGCAAGAUCCUGAAUCCGGCGUUCUCUCCUGCUAAUCUGCGGGAUUAUCAGGUUGUAAACGCCAUGAAAAUCUCUACCGGUACUGGCGAAAAAAUCGACGUUGUCGAUUGGAUGGGCAAGGUCUCGCUUGAUAUAAUCGGCCUAAGCAAGUGGUAUCAACGGUUUUUAUACGCAAGCUGGUCUAAUAUCCAACAGGUGCUUUUUCGAUACGAUUUCGGAUCACUGGACGGUCAAGAUACUGAGUUGGGGGAAGCGAUGAAGCACCUAUUACCCGAGAAAACUCGCCAGCUGGCCAGUGUAGGAGAAACAGCAAGAAAGAUUGCUCGAGAGAUCUUGGCUGCCCAAGCUAAACUCGGGGUGCAGGAUGAGUUGGAUAAGGACAUUGUUGAUAUUCUAACGAGGGCACGUCUUACCGGACAAAUGUCGGAUGAUGAAAUUGAGCUCCAGUUUAUGACGUUUCUAAUUGCCGGGCAUGAGACAACAAGCGCGACCCCUGUCCUGGUUGCUCACUCAUAUCACAAUGACUAUGAUUCUCUGCCAUUUUUGAACGCUGCAAUCAAAGAAGUUCUUCGGUUUCAUCCCAUGGUGCAUGCACCUAUGCGUACUGCUCCUUAUGACGACAUUUUGCCUCUUUCGGGGUCUAAGACACUGACAAUUCCCAAGGGACAGACACUUCUUUGUUCCGUGUACUCGUACAACCGGUACGUUUGUCCUAUCCCGCUUCGCCGUGAAGUUAUCGCCAACUUUUCUAAGUCUGCCGUCCAUCUGGGUGAUGACGCAGAAAAAUGGAAUCCAUCUCGAUUCCUCGAGAAGAGUAUCCCUGUGUCAUUGGGAGUCUAUGCCAAUUUGAUGACGUUCAGUAGUGGCUCUCGUUCGUGCAUCGGGUGGCGAUUUGCUGUCAUGGAGAUGCAAACAAUUCUAGCGAACCUCAUUCAAAACUUUGAAUUCAGUUUGCCGGAGGGCACGGUAAUACAGCAGUUCCCUGGCUCACAGGCGAUUGUGCCUGUCGUGAAAGGUGAAGCGCAUCUGGGUUCUCGGGUUCCUUUAAGGAUUAGAAGUUUGGAGUAGCUGACGCGCUCACUCUAUCCGAGUAUAGAUAGACCCCAAUAAAUAGCCUCAUCUCCGAUCCAUACGAACCUGGCGGGUGGUUGUUGUGAGAAUCUAUACAUUGACAAUCGUCAGCUCCAAGCAAAAGACGGCCAGGACUACGGCCCGAAGUGUCGCGAUACAGCAGUACAACGCAAUAAUUAUAGCUGCCUCUUCUCGCUGCGAUCGGACGCCGGUUGAAAGGUCAAGACAACGUUGGAUCUUCCGGUGAUAAGGGUAAUUUUGAAGAAACGGCACUUGUAGAGCU